CUAAUUCGAGUCCUUGUAGGAUUAAGAAAAAUUAAUUAAGCCGCCUAUAAAUAGAACAAGUCUGUUUAUGAGGCCCGAGAAUAUACAAAGUUUCUCCCAUCUACAAAUUAGGAUUCUUCUAUGGAUAUUGAAGUUGAUCAUUAUGCUGCUUUGGAUUUACCCUCCGGUGAGGAAGGGGCAAAGCUUUCUGAAAUCGACAUAUCGAAAGCCUAUCGAAAGAGAGCAUUAGAAUUGCAUCCAGAUAAGAAACCCGAUGAUCCAAUUAAUGCUCAAUUCAACUUUCAAAAGCUCAAGGCUUCCUACGACAUCCUCAAGGAUGAGAAAAAGAGGAGGUUAUUUGAUGACGUACUCCGUAUGAAGCGUGAGAUGCAACAACAACAACAAGAUUCAAAGUGUAGAAAGAUGAGGUCAGAGCAUAUUUUUGUACCUGAUAUUAAUUUGGCUCGACUAGAAGAGGAGGAACAAAUUGCUAUAAAACUUCUAGGUGAAAUUGCUAGAAUUCGUGAAAUAUUGCUUUCAAAGAAAGAGUCAUCAAACAUGUGUGUUGACAAGGAAAAGGUGCUUAAGGUAUCUUGGGGUAAAAGCGGUGAAGAUUAUACUUGCCAAAAAUUGAAAGAGUUAUUUAGUAAUUUUGGUGAAGUUGAACAUGUAAUCAUGAGUUCUAACAAUAAACGUUACGCUCUUGUUGAAAUGUUAUCUAAGGACGAUGCAGCUAAAGCCGUCUCCUCUAGUGUCUUGCACAAUCUAUUAAUUGUGCCUCUUCAGCCUCCAAUGCCACCAUUUUCUAAAGAUGCCGAGGGCUCAAACAAUACUAAUUUGUAGUGUUGAAUUUAAUCUAAAAUAUGAUUUGUAAUUGUUUCUCUGUACGGUGAUACGCUAGCUUAUAAUUAGAUAUUUUGUUUAUUUGACAUUACAUGAAGUUUAUAUUUGUAGUGCUCAUUUCAAUCUUGUAGAGGUUUUUGAUACACUGGUUGCAAUGUAGAUUAUAGCUCACUAAAUGAUUCGAAUGGUUGCUUAGGAUUCGGAGAUACAAGCACUAGGU